GAGCGGACUUAUGUGGCGUGAGUGACUCUCUCUGUGAAGUGGGGCAGAGGCCCAUUCGUUCGAAAAUAGAAAACGGAAAAAUUGACCCCCAGAUGGGAGUGUACGAGGAGAGGGGAGCGAUGCACUGGCAACAGAGUGAGCGGUACCUAUCCUCAGCGUACGAAGCGGGGGGCGACCUAUCCCCCGUGGCCCCGGCCCCGUCGCCGGGGUCCCCCCGCGACUGCACGUCGUGUCGCAAGCGGGAGCCCCCCGAUGAGUCCCACGAGGGCCACGCGACUCCGCCUGACGCCUGCGCCGGUUGCGGCUCCCGCAUCACCGACAGAUACUACCUGCUCGCCCUGGAACGCCGCUGGCACACUCCCUGCCUCCGGUGCUGCGAGUGCAAGAUGCCCCUGGACUCGGAGCAGCGGUGCUACGCCCGCGAUAGCAAUAUAUUCUGCAAGAAUGAUUAUUUCAGGCUUUACGGGUCGAAGCGCUGUGCGCGCUGCAACACGCCCAUAUCGGCGUCGGAGAUGGUGAUGCGCGCGCGCGACUUGGUGUUCCACGUGCCCUGCUUUUCCUGCGCACUGUGCAGCACACCCCUCAACAAGGGGGACACCUUCGGCAUCCGAGACUCAGCUGUUUAUUGCAGGCUGCACUACGAGACGAUGCCGGAGUAUGGGCCUCACAUGCCGCUACCGGGGCCCCCGCAGUUGUGCGCGGGGCCAUACGCGGGUCCCCCGCCGGGCGCCCACUACCCCCCUUACCCCUCCCCCGAGUUCGCACGGGUAGAGCCCGACGUCCCCAAAGGCCCUUUCUUCAACGGCGCCGCCGCACCACCGCCGCGACAGAAAGGGCGCCCGAGGAAAAAGAAACCCAAGGACCAGGACCUCAUGACUGCAAAUCUCGAUCUGAAUCCUGAGUACUUGGAGAUGGGGUUCCGCGGCGGCGGCGGUCUGGGCUCUACCUCGCGCACGAAGCGCAUGCGCACCAGCUUUAAGCAUCACCAGCUCAGGACCAUGAAGUCAUACUUCGCUAUCAACCACAACCCUGACGCCAAGGACCUGAAGCAGCUCAGCCAGAAGACAGGAUUGCCCAAAAGAGUGCUACAGGUGUGGUUCCAGAACGCGCGGGCGAAGUGGCGGCGAAUGGUGACGAAGCAGGAGAACAAGAUGACGGAGAAGUGUUCCCCGGACGCGUCCCUGGAGAUGGAUAUGUACCACGGGCCGAUGGGCUCCAUACAGUCGCUGCCGCCGCACAGCCCGCCAUACAGCGUGAUGGGGGGCCCGCCCAGCCCGAACUCUAUGGACUGCCCAUAGCCCCAGUUCUGCGCCUUAUGAGCGCUUUCAAACUGAGUGAUAUCAGUGCAUCGUAUCGGACUAUGUUCAGGACGUUUUACUAAGUACAACGUUCCGAUAUAGUGAAAGACAAUUGGAAAAAACAAAUCGAACAUCAAAAGUGAUGAUGGUGUAAAAACAGGUUCUGAUAAUUUUCGGGAGAUAAAUGGAGUCUGAUAAAACGACAAAGUCUUAACACUACGUACUUAAAAAAAACCAGAGGCAGUACUGAAAUGAGCGACUUACCAACUAUUAAACGAAGAGUCGUUUUACCAGACACCAAAUAGAGACUAAUGUAGAUACAUCUUUGACUGUAACUUAUUGAAAUAUGGUGUCAUAUAAUUCCUCAUUGGAUUGUAUAUGUAUAUGUCUACUGUCCCUUAACUUCAGAAAAUAGAUUUUGUACAGUUGUAUUGUAUGCCGCAAGUUGAAGCAAGUGCUCUUUCCCCUUUUUGUUUUCCCUCUUUUCAGUGAGGGAGUUUCCAGGCUGCGUUCCCAAAAAAAUAUAGAUUGCGUUAUGCGAUGUUGCCUUUCUUUAACCUUCCAAUUUCAUGGAUAUCUAUGAAUCUUUUGUCUUUGUUUUUCUGGCAUAAAUGAUGACUCUUGUUAUUACACUCAUGCAUACAUCUUCCACCCAUUAUUAUUCUGAUCAAAAUAAACAGAAGCGAUAUAGGUAGCAACAUUUAUAUUGUAUUACAUAAUCACUACAUAGUAUAAAACAAAGUCGCUUUUUCUGUCCCUUUGUCUAUGUACGCUUAAAUCUUUAAAACUACGCAACGGAUUUUGAUGCGGUUUUUUUAGAAGAUAGAGUGAUUCAAGUGGAAGGUUUAUAUGUAUAAUAACAGAUAUUAAAUAGUGGAGAAAUACUGUUAGUUUUGAGGUUUUUAAUGUGAUGUCGUAAAUAAUAUCGUUUUUUCCUCAGCAUUGCACCCCAGCGAAGCCGGGGCGGGUCGCUAGUUAUAUUUUUGAAUAAGUAAUUAUGUACCCGAGACCGUUACUCCACCGACAAGAGCGCAGCUCUUAAAUAAAGAGAGAGAUGUACCCGAGCAAUGAGAAUAAUAGGUCAUCAUCAAUCAGCCCAUUAACGUCUCCACUGCUGGGGCACGGGCCUUCCCUAUGGAUGAAUAGGGAGAUCGGGCCUUAAACCAUCACGCGGGCCCAGUGCGGAUUGAUGGUUAUUAACGACUGCUAAUGCAGCCGAGACCAACGGCUUAACGUGCCUUCCGAAGCACGGAGGAGCUCGAGAAAUUUUUUUGUGGUCACCCAUCCUAUGACCGGCCUUUGCGAAAGUUGCUUAACUUCAACAAUCGCAGACCGAGCGCGUUUACCGCUGCGCCACCGAGCUCCUCAAUAAUAGGUACUUAAUAUUAAAUCUGUACAACGCCCUCUGCAUUUUUUGCAAAAAGUAGCCUGGAAAGUCUCUCAUCUGUUGUCUUCAUAACGAACUUUAGUAAAAUCGAUGUCAGUAACAUUGUCUGUAUAGAGUAUACUGUAACUAAAAAGUAAUAUAUAAUAAUGAAACGUGAUUGUAAAUCAAAAUGGCAACGGAGUUCUGAAAUUCGGUUUCGUACCUCAAUUUUUUUAUAUUCUGGCAAAACAGAUAAGCUAUCGAGUUUUAAACACAGUGUUAGGUUGCAAAUCCGAUUAAACACCCAGGGAGUGGGUUUUACGGGUUUUUAGUCCAACAUCGGAUUAAAAUCCUGGUGUUUAAAAAGUGUUAACAGGAAUCAUAGAAAAUCUACAAGUUAUCCGUCCAAUAUUACUGUGUAAACAAUUCAUGAACACGGUGGGCAUCGUUAUUUUUUCAGGAAUAAUAGAGUAUUCCAUGCAUCAAGGCCUGGGGGACGAAAGGGCCACAUUGAAGCAGCUCAUCUUUAAAAAAAUAACAAUAUUGCAACAAAUGACAAAUGGAAAUAUUCCUUAGGUGAAUUGCUUCGAUGUGACUUUUUUAAGGCCCGCCUACGUCAGACUUUUAGGAGGACAGUUAAUCAGGCCGAUUUUUCCUCCGAUUCUUAUGCCCGAUUUUGUGACCAACUCAUUUCCGAACGUUCCAUAUUUCACCGAUAAUCGGAUUGGUCGGGUCAGAUUUUAUUUCUGACCGACUUUUUAUAGGACGUGGGUGUUGCACUAUUGCGAGCAGUACGUUAUACUUUUCUCCAACAAAAAAUCGGUCGUGGUUGUCUGACGUGGGCGGGCAGCUUAACCCCCAAACACCCUCUGCUUAGUGUCAUGCGAAUUUAACAAUACGCGUGUGGACCUUACAACAGUUUAUUAACAACUGGAGUUAGCAAUCAUCCCGGAACGAUUUGUCUCAUAUUACACUGCCCGAUCCGACGCAUCAGGCCCGAUAGAUUGGGAAGUGUAACAAGGCCUACAGGGCCACAAGGAUUUGUUGUCAAGGAGAAGUUGUUAGAGCAUGUUGACAGAAUGGCUGCGAGUUAUGUCUUUUUACCUGUUUAGUGUCAUAUCUUAUUGAUCCGCAAGCAUGCGCAGAAGGUCCGCACGUGAGCCUAAAUCCGCAAAUAAUUACACGAUAAAUGUAACCGAAACAUAAUCGAUUAUUUAACGAUUCCAAACUCCAGAGAAACAAGAAAAACACAAACCUAAAUGUUUAUUUAGUAUACAAUACAUGUUCUUUUUUUAUUACGACGGUUCAACGAAUCGUGUAUGGAGAAUGUUUUUUUUUAUUAGUAAUAUAUACUACUUAUUUAUUGAAACAUUGAUAUUUAAAGUAAGUUAAGAUUAGGCUAAGAGUAGAUAAAUGUGAAAAAAUUUCCAUAGAUAACUAGGCUCCUUUAAAUUAUAGUGUGAUGGGUCGAAUGGUAAACGAAGGACUAUCAAACGGGCGGGAAACAAUAGGUUCGCAAUUUUUUUUGCGUGACAAAAAGAACUUUUGUGUAGUUUUAAGCAUUACUAAGUAUAAUAUUAUUCCGCAUAAGUACACGCACUGUUAGUUCCUUUUUAUAGAUUUAAAUUUAAAUAUUUAAUGGAGUAAAUAAUCUGUAUGAGUAUACUAUGUAGCCACAAUAUGAUGUAUUGUAUUCUCGAUGUCAUUUCACAUUUGAAAACGGAAAAAUAAGUACCAAGAUUGUAGAAUCGCCGACGGUUGCGGCGCGCCGCGAACUGUGGAAGCAAGAUGGCGUAAAAGAACGGCGGUCAAAACAAAAAAUAAAAAACGAAACAAAAAUCCACAGCAGUCGUAUCGACCGUACGCUACGCCGUACCCAGAUAAUACAAAAAAAUAUAUAAUGUGCUUAAACUUUUCCUGUGCCUAAAGUUAUAACGACCUGUUAAUAAAAAUAUUCCA